AUGAGUUUGUUCGCUCAGCGUGAACGCAUCGAGGUCUCCUCCGGCGACAGCGAGCCAGACUCGAUCGCCUCCACUAUCGUUGACUCUGCCGAUGAGCUCAUCGAGGGGCUCGCUCGAAUGGCCCUGGACGGGCCCUACAGCGACAAGCCAAGAACGUACGAAACUAGUCAACGUCUCCAGAGUCGGGGAAUAACCCGUCGCCCGCACGAAGUGGCACUGACAAAGCCUAGCAUUGAGCUAUCGCGACUGAUGACGCCCACACCUCGAGCAAGCUCCUCCACACCACCGUUCUAUCAAGUCCCUGCGUGGCUGAGCACACAAGGCAGUGCCUUCGUUCCGGAACGCACCGGCGUAGACGUGGCCGAAGCAGAGAGUGAAGCGCGCGCGCUCGCGAAGCUGUACCGGCACCUUGACCGCGAGUAUUUCAGAGAGAAAAGUAUCGGUGAUCACUCUGACAGCAAGCCGAUAGCUUCUGGAAGAGCGGAACGUGAUGAUUAUGGGGCCAGAGCCCGCAAUGCUCGUUCUUCUCUCACCAUGGAGGCAACCCCAAUGCACAAGCCGCGCCGCAAGCCGGAUGAAACAGCUCGAUUGCGGCUUUUGGUCCCGAGCAAGACUCAACUGGCACGACGAGUGGAGAAGUACGAGAUACGCAAGAAACGCGAGGAGGAGGCUCGACAGCACCCGAAGCGUGUACGUGUGCCGGCGGAGGCAGUCAAGCGAGGGACAAGGCUUUUCCUCGAGGCCCAGGAGAGGGCCAACAACGUGAAAGAGGUGCAGAAGGAGCAGGCGAAGCAGAAGGCCGAACAGGAGAAGAAGGAGUGCACUUUUCACCCUUCCGUGUCGAGGUACGCAGCGCAGUUUGCCGCGGAAGGGGCGUACUACCCGUUGGAGAGUCGGUUCGAGGACCAGGCCGCAUACAACGAGAAGCGAAUGCGGCUGCGGCUCGAGCGGGCGAUGGAGCUCGAGAAAGAGUGCACCUUCAAGCCCACCCUGUCUCCUGGAACCGAGGAGCUGAUGUUCGACCUUCGUUCCCGCCGCGAGCGCUUUCAUUAUUGCCGUUCGUUUCGCAGACCGGAAGCAGGCGAGCACGCGAGGAGUCGGGGAAGGCGCCCAUCGCCAUCAGAACGUGAGCCGUUUGAGCCCGGUGAGCGACUGUACCGUGACGGCGGCGAGCGUCUCUUGCGUCAGCAGGUGCGACUGCAGCGAGCCGCGGCAAAGGAGCAGCGCCACGUCGUUGGUGGCGCGCUGCGACUCUCUCCCACCGGUGCCCAGCAGCUCGCUGGCCGCUUCACAUCGUGGGCGGCGACGCGUGAGGCGAAUCGAGAACAGCUGCGCGUUGCGUUGGAGCGGCAGGAGCGCGAAACGCCAAAAGUCACUGUCGAACGCGAGGCGGCGAUUAGGCGAGCAGGAGGUCUUCGCUUCAGCAGAACUUUGUCGAGUCUAGGUAGGUCUACAGCUACACCACGCCUCGUGCAAUCCGCGGCGAACGGAAAUGGCAGCAUUGCCCCUGCAGUGACGGAUGCCUCCGUCCUACCACUGAAGAACAACAACUAUUUCACAUCCUCUACGGGCUCACAGAGAGCCUGCGGUGACGCUGACAAUUGUGAAGCGUCACGGGUGCCGUCGGAUCGAGCACGGUCAUCCCAGUCUCCUUCAGGCGCUGACUGUGGGGUGACAGCCACUAAUGUCCUCCGGAGUGUGGCGUCUCUGUCGGCACCCGAGACGUGUCCUGCGGUGGAUAUGCCGGUGCACAAGGAGCUCCUGCGCAUCCGCCUUGGUGCUCUCUUUUACAAGUACGCCGUUUCCACCACAGCGACCGCAGUGACCCUCGCGCAGGUCAAGCAGCAGGUCCGGUGCUACUACCCAGAAGACUCCGGCAUCGCCGCCGCACUUGCGUCUUCCUUCCCGAAUGGGCAGCAGCACAUCACCAAGAUAGAGUUCAUGGCAGCGCUCGCACGCUACGUGGCGCAGCAUGGGAUACAGCCAUGGUGUCUUCCCCAUCACAAUGACCCGAACACCAUUGUGGGUGCACCGUACAGCUCACCGGCUUCUACUACUACCGGCGCCGCGGCUGCUGUGAUGACGAAUGUUUUGGUGAACUCUGCUCACUUAACAGAUGUGAUGGACAACGACGCGCCGGGCUCUAUACCGUCAUGGACCGGCACGGGCACCUGUGGCAGUGAACCGGGCUGCCGAAACAAAGUCGACUGCUCGGUGUUUACACCUACAACGGCACGCGCCUCUGAAGGAACUAGUGGAGAGAAGCCACUUCGAACGCACAUCUACUCCUCUUCUCUGCCGCCUGACUGCUCUCCACCGACACCGGCACCCACUGCCGUCGCGCCAAGUUGUGCACCGAAGGGAAACAGAGCGACCGCUGCAACGACCGGUGUGCGUGGCUCCACCUCCACAUCGAGGGGGUCUCUUUGCGAUGGCUUGCGGGAUCCCACCGCUUCGAAGGACACGCUUCCAGCGAACUUUCCAAUCGCUGCUUCUGAAUUUGUGCGCGGGUAUGCGGACUACGUGCAGCGGCAGCGCCGUGCUAUCGACCGCGCGCGUGCGGUGAGCAAGAGCCCUCAAAGAAAUGUGGUCGAGGAGUGUACCUUCCGCCCCACCUUGACACCUCGCAGCGUGAUGCUGAGCGACAUGAAUCUCAAGAAACGAAUGGCCUACGUUCGUGAGCUGCAGCUGCGACGGCGCAAUCUCCAGUUGCUGCACACUGCAGUGCUGGCGGAAGGAAGCGGCGAGGAUGGCUUACCGAGGGCCACCCCGUCGAAGAGAGAAUUCAAAGCGCGUGACGCGCUCGACUCCACGCAAACAUCACCCCUGACGCCUUCCACAAAGCACUCGUCAGCGUCGCUCUCCGGUAUCUCUCCGCCGUCGGGGCUCAGUCCGUCCAUUGAGGUAUCGAGCCUAUCCUGCAGCACGCCGCAGCACGAAGGCAAAAACGCGUCGUCAAAACCUGCCGCAACGCUGUCGCCUCCACAUCAGCAGCAUCUCGCAGGGGAUUCCAACGCGCUUCGAGUUAUAGCCAGGCUGGAGCAGCUGUUAAACGACGUGGCAGGCAAAGAGGGCUCGAUACAAGCCACGGAGUCGGUAGUGAGGACGCCGCCUCCUUCUUCCUCAGUGCACGCUGACGUUUCUAGUGUAGGGCAUGCCGGCAUGGUAAUUGCGGAGGACGGCGCUGACACGACACGGACGGUUUCCACUGUGCCGCUCUCCCGCUUUUUUGCGACGAAGCCGGCGCAGGCGAUUUUGUGUGCCGAGGAGGGACUCCUUGAGUCGCGGCACGGUGUGAAGACGUCAUGCGGCGCCAACUAA